UAGUCUAAAUAACGCAGGUUAAAACUAUAAAAACACGAGUUUUGAUACGAGAAUUUGAGUGUAAAACUCAAAUCCCGUCAUCACCAACAUGCACCUCAAGGCUUUAACAUUGUUUUUUAUUGUUCUGUAUUGUCAGAGUGAGGUAUCAAGCUCCCUGAAGAUUCUGGGGGUAUUUCCAUUCCCAGGAAGAAGUCAUUUCGCCAUGUUUGGAGCUCUCAUGAGAGAAUUAGCGAGACGAGGGCAUCAGGUUGAUGUCAUUGGUAUGUUCCCCCUGGAAAAACCAAUGCCCAACUACACGGAUAUUGACAUCAGAGCAACAAAACAAUCCUAUCUCUUCAACAAUAUGAGUUACCCCGAAGCCAUGGAGCUCCGAAGACUGACAGUAACUCAUCUGAUAGAACUCUGUGCAGCUCCACUCUGCAAUUCAUUGAAUCAUCCAAAUAUGCAGAAAUUUUUCAAGACAAAAAAGGGAUCAUACGACGUUAUGAUUGUCGAGGUGUUCCUCGCUGAUUGCUUUACAGCCAUUGGAAAAUACAUCGAUGCACCGGUUGUUGGGAUAAUAUCCCUCCGUGCUCUUGAUUGGAUACUCGAGGAUUUCGGCCUCCCAAUGAAUCCCUCGUACAUACCCAGUAUAUAUUCAAGGGCCAGUCAGUACAUGACCUUCUGGGAGAGACUGAAGAACACUCUGAUAACACAUUACCUAACUGCUCAGGUGCAUUAUAACCUCGAGGCUGAAUUACCGUACGUGGAGAAGCAUUUCAAUCGAAAAUUGGCAUCCAUCCGAGAGCUGCGUGAUGAUGUGUCUUUAUUGCUCGUCAAUGAGUACUUCACCAUGAACGAUAUAAGACCUACACCACCUAAUGUCAUUGGAGUUGGUGGACUCCACGUGAUAGACGACGGGGACCAAUUGACUCCAGAAUUGCAAAAGUGGUUGGACGAGAGCACUCAUGGCUGUGUCUAUUUCACGUUUGGAUCGAUGAUACAGAUCGAAACAUUUCCGACAAAAACCGUGAAAAUAUUCUACGAAAUGUUCCGGAGAAUUGCUCCUGUCAGGGUUCUCGUUAAAAUAAUGAAUCCUCAGGCACUUGUUCCUGGUCUUCCAGAGAACGUUAAGACAGCUCGUUGGAUGCCACAAAUUGCUGUUUUGAAGCACAGGAACGUAAGAUUAUUUAUCACUCAUGGGGGUCUCAUGGGGACUCAGGAGGCUGUGGUAUUUAAGGUGCCUAUGGUGGGACUGCCUGUUUUUAUUGAUCAACCCUCGAAUAUGGAAGGCUAUGUCAGCAAGGGAGUUGCUAUUAAUUUGGAUCUUGAUAGUAUCACUGCGGAUUCGUUGACGUCUGCUGUUAAGACUGUUCUCAAUGACCCGAGUUACAGACAGAACAUGGAUGAACUGCAUGAUCUAUUUUUGGAUCGACCAAUGAGUGCCAUGGACACUGCUGUCUACUGGGUUGAACACACAGCAAGACAUCCAACAAUUCUCAAACAUCCAGUGAAGAGUUUAUCCUGGUGGCAAUUUUAUCUUUUAGAUGUUUAUGGCUUUCUCCUCGUUUGUCUCCUCUUGACUCUCUUCCUCGUCUUCAAGAUUUUAAGACUCCUGGGGAGAUCACUCUAUAAAAAACCUGACGAAAAGCAUUUGGAUAUUAAGAAAAAAAAUUGACGUUAUCAAAUCGAUUGAGUGACAUGUCCCCUUCUCUUCUGUGACUCAUAGAAUCAUUUUUACUAGAAGAAUUGAAUAAAAUAGAAAUUGUGGAGAUAA